CGGAUGGGGUUGUGGGGCCCGAACGUCCGGGCAGCGGAGGGGGGAGGGGCCGGACAUGGCGCUGGCUGAGGCCCGGCCCGGGGGACGAUGAAUAAGGGCUGGCUGGAGCUGGAGAGCGACCCCGGUCUCUUCACCCUGCUAGUAGAGGAUUUUGGAGUUAAAGGGGUGCAGGUUGAGGAGAUCUAUGAUCUACAAAGCAAAUGCCAGGGCCCAGUGUACGGGUUCAUCUUCCUCUUCAAAUGGAUCGAAGAGCGCCGGUCCCGCCGGAAGGUCUCCACCCUGGUGGAUGAGACAUCGGUGAUUGACGAUGACAUCGUCAAUAAUAUGUUCUUUGCUCAUCAGCUGAUUCCCAAUUCCUGUGCCACCCAUGCCUUGUUGAGUGUCCUCCUGAACUGCAGCAAUGUGGACCUGGGGCCGACGCUGAGUCGCAUGAAGGAUUUCACCAAGGGGUUCAGCCCAGAGAGUAAAGGCUAUGCCAUUGGGAAUGCUCCAGAGCUGGCCAAGGCCCAUAACAGCCAUGCCAGGCCAGAGCCUCGGCACCUGCCAGAAAAGCAGAAUGGAAUCAGCGCUGUGCGGACCAUGGAGGCUUUUCACUUUGUCAGUUAUGUUCCCAUCAAGGGGCGGCUCUUCGAGCUGGAUGGGCUGAAGGUCUAUCCCAUCGACCAUGGGCCUUGGGCUGAGGAUGAAGAAUGGACAGACAAAGCCAGGAGAGUGAUCAUGGAGCGAAUUGGCCUGGCCACAGCAGGGGAGCCGUACCAUGACAUCCGUUUCAACCUCAUGGCGGUGGUGCCCGACCGGAGGAUGAAAUACGAAUCUAAGCUGCACAUCCUGAAGAUGAACAGGCAGACUGUACUGGAGGCCCUGCAGCAGCUUAUCCGGGUAACUCAGCCGGAGCUGAUUCAAACCCAAAAGUCCCAGGAGUCUCAGCUGGCUGAGGAGUCCAGGCCGGCCAGCAGCAAGGCGUGUCUGGCACUGGAGACGAGCAGAGCACAGCUGGCCCCGGAGAGCUCACACCCAGAGAGCACUGAGGACUCCACUGGCCAGGGCCACCCUCCCGCCGCACAGAGCCUGCCCAACAAAUCCAAACUGGUAGCAAAGCCAUCUGGGAGCUGCAUCAACGGUGCUCCCGCAAACCCCAAUCCCAUUGUGCAGAGACUCCCAGCCUUCUUGGAUAACCACAACUACGCCAAGUCACCCAUGCAGGAAGAGGAGGACCUUGCAGCGGGAGUGGGCCGUAGCCGGGUUCCGGUCCGCCAGCACCAGCACUACUCCGAUGAUGAGGAUGACUAUGACGAGGAGGAGGAGGAGGAAGUUUGUAACACUGCCCCUGCCAUCAGGUAUAAGAGGAAGGGGCAGGGGAAGCAGGAGCUUGUGGCUGGGGCAGCAGACAGCCAGCUCUCCAUCCUCCAGCCCAACACCAUCAACGUUUUGGCGGAGAAGCUCAAGGAGUCCCAGAAGGACCUUUCCAUCCCUCUCUCCAUCAAGACUGGGAGCGGGGGCACCACCGUAGCCGUGGUUGCCCAUUCACAGCCCUCCCCCACGCCCAGCAACGAGAGCACGGACACUGCCUCGGAGAUCGGCAGCGCCUUCAACUCCCCUCUGCGCUCCCCUAUCCGCUCGGCUAACCCUACCCGGCCCUCCAGCCCUGUCACCUCCCACAUCUCCAAGGUGCUCUUCGGGGAGGAGGACAGCCUGCUGCGUGUGGACUGCAUGCGGUACAACCGGGCCGUGAGGGACCUGGGGCCUAUCAUCAGCACCGGCCUGCUGUGCCUCACCGAGGAAGGGGUGUUCUGCCCUCUUGCCAUCACAGAUGAUGGGAAAAGCUCCCCACUCUCCAGCAAGCAAAGAGAAGAGGCUCAGUCUGCUGUCAGAAUGGACGAGAAGGAGGCAAGCGAGCCAAGUGACAGCAAAGAGAAGGUUGCUCUCUGCAGGUCCAGCGAUCACCCUUGCGGGGAGAAGUAUUCUCCCAAAGAGCUGCUGGCGCUGCUGAAAUGCGUGGAAGCCGAGAUUGUGAACUAUGAGGCCUGCCUGAAGGAGGAGGUGGAGAAGAGGAAAAAAUUCAAGAUUGAUGACCAGAGAAGAACCCACAACUAUGAUGAAUUCAUCUGCACGUUUAUCUCCAUGCUGGCUCAGGAAGGAAUGCUGGCCAGCCUUGUGGAGCAGAACAUCUCUGUCCGCAGACGCCAAGGAGUCAGCAUUGGGCGUCUCCACAAGCAGAGGAAGCCGGAUCGCCGGAAACGCUCCCGUCCAUAUAAAGCCAAGCGCCAGUAGUGGCAUCCUUAUGGUCAAGAGGGGGAGCAGAACUGUGCACCCACAUUGCUCAUGCUAGCUGGUGCUUGUAUCUACAAGCACUCGGAUGGACCAGUCGCCCUGUGCCAAGGGGAGAUGGACCCAACAAGAACCCCGGGACUGGGUCCUUUCUGCUCAUGUCCUCAGAGCUGUUUCAAAUGGAAUUUGGAUUUUAUCAGCCACAGCCUGGGCACCCUGUGAAGUCUGGGAACGGGCACUCCCUGCAGCAGUGAAGGGCAUGUUCUAGUGUCAGUGCUACAGGGACGCUUGGAUCUACUAGACAAAUGUGUGCCAGGUUGCUCUGCAUAGUCCAUGGUAUUCUAGCCCAGGACUGAUGGAAAUCAGCAAUCUGCUGAGGGAAAGGCAGCUGGAGUCAGUAUGAUGAUGCUAAUGGGUGUCUGUGCUGGCCCCAUCUGGCUGUGGCUCCUGGUUUCCAGCAUCCAGGCCUUCAGCUCCACACUGCUCUGGGACAUUGAUACCAAUUUUCAAUUUCACAAAUGUUUAUUUUGUGGUUCUGACCAAUGGUGCCAGUGUUGUCCCCUGAGCACAGCUGGCUCCCUGGUGGCCUGUUCUGGGCCAUCUCUGGGCUGCAGUGACAUGCCUCUGGGCUGCUGCUGUCCUUGUGUUAGUCAUGGUGGGCUGCUCACCUCUGAGCAUGCCUCUGGGGGGGUUAGCACUGUGUGUCGCUGUUUUGUGGACCAUCACCUGGUGGAGGUGGUAGGAUUUCCCAUGCUUACCCACUGUCCCUUCUCUUGCUGGGUUGGCUUGGCCCACCCACCCUCGUUUGGGCAUGGGUUCCAGAUGCAGUGCAGAUCACUGCAGUCGCAUGCUUGUGCUGCUGGUGCUAGUUAGUUGGUGCAGCACUCAGACUAAGUGACUUUGUGGCAGGGCAGCUGCUGGAGGACGCUCUAGUUCCUGAGAUGGUGUCAUUCCAGGCUGAGAUUAGGCCCUUGCUGCACCAUGCGUCAUCAUAGGGGAAAGGGCUGCAGAGGCAGCAUUUGUUUAAUGGCCUUCCACUGACUUCAGUGCCUAACUCAAAACAAACCAUGAAGCAGCUGGGCAGGAAACCUUAGUGAAACUCAACAAACCCAUCCCCCACUUCCACAGUGUUUCUUCCCAGGCAGGGACGUCGGGCCUUUGAAUGGCUGAUCCCUGCAAACAGUUUUAAAAAGGAGGCUGGGGUGGAGAGCUAGCUCUGCCCCAGUCACCGGAGGGAAGAAUUGCUACUCUGCCUAUUUCCAUCAUGUAGGUAAAUCAAACAGAACCCAGUGCACUGCAGCUGAGGCUGGUGCUUCCACCUCACAGGAGCUAGUGUCCACAGCUGCUCUCCCCUGGGCCCAAGGCUGGACUCUGGCUCAUGCUGCCUGGGUUACCUUUUUAUACUGUCACAGCCUGACAGGUAAGCAGUCCUAUCCCCACACUGACCCUGUGAGCACUGCCGGAAGGGGCUUUCUCCUCUCCAGUAGCAGCCUUCAGGCUUGUCUCUUGAAGGAAACACGGGGUUGAGUGCUGCUAACUGCCAGGCCAGCCAAAACUGUUAAUGGCGUUUUAAGGGAAGGGUGCUGGUGCAGGUGAAAGCAGAUCUGCCUCAGGGAAGAACUGGAUUCACAAAUAUCCUGCUUUGUACAGAGCUUGACUGUCAAAUGAAAUCAUUGCUGGUCUCUGGCUGCGUCUAACACCAUCUGCUGUAAAUAGCAGCCUGGUUGGAAAGAAUAAAGCUGUCCUAUAGCACA